GCGCCGGCAGGCGGUCUAUGUCGUCAUCAGCCUGCGAAUGUUUAGCUUCCAUUGUAGUCGUGGCGUUUUGGGGCAAGAAGUUGGGAGUUCAGGGGAACCCUGGGACUGAAGACACGGUCCCGGUGACCCCCGACCCUUCCGACCCAGUCCUCUCUCGCCCGCCAUUUCGCUCACCCUUCUGACAGGAUGAGGCGUGCGGGUCUGGGUGAAGGAGCACCUCCUGGCAGCUAUGGGAACUAUGGCUAUGCCAAUAGCGGGUACAGUGCCUGUGAAGAAGAAAACGAGAGACUCACUGAAAGUCUGAGAAGCAAAGUGACUGCUAUAAAAUCUCUUUCCAUUGAAAUAGGCCAUGAAGUUAAAAAUCAAAAUAAAUUACUAGCUGAAAUGGACUCCCAAUUUGAUUCUACAACUGGAUUUCUAGUAUAAAAAAUUUUAAAUACAUGAAGUCAAGAUAUCCAAAGACUGCAUGACAUCAGGAAGCUGAGAAAUUGUUGAAGGCAGAAUCAGGAGCAUUGGGUGCAGAGAAUGAUGUCCAGGGACAGAGGUACCUAGUGUCCAGUGGCACAGUGAGAUACAAGAACAAUGGCCUAGAUGUCCUCUAAUGUCAGUGACAACUGUUUAAUGAGUCAUGACUAAGGGUGUUUCUUGCUUUGUAGUCAAACUUCAUUUGUCCCUAUUCAUUUUCUUCUCUUGAUCACCAGUUUCCAGAAUGAUUAUGAAAAAUAUUAAUUUCUCAUUAAGGUAAGUCAGAACCAUUUUCCUAACAUGCAACACUAAUAUACCCUCACUUUCAUGAUACAAAAUCAUGUUAGAGGGAUUUUUAAAAGCAUUAACAGGGGACAUAAAAUAGAUACACCAAUUGUAAAGUGGACAACUUACACAAGAUGAGAGCAGGAAGCAUCUGAAAAGUCACAUCAGUCAACAGAUUGUCAGGGACACAUUCUCAGGGCAUUUAGAGGACACCAACAUCAUCUGGUAGCGCCAGGAGAAAGGCAUCCUGGGGAAGAUAAAACAUACAUUUUGUAGGAAAUAAGCAAAUGAAACAGAUGAACAAAAAGCAGAGAGUUUUCAGAGUGCAAGUGCUGGAAUAAGUACUAGAAAAGGAGACUUCAGAUGCCACGGUUCAGGACAGUAAAAACCAGAGUCUGCAUAAAAGAAACGUUUGAUUAUGGCCAUAGAUACUAGUAAGGAGCUUGUUUGGGCCUAUAAACCUGCAGUGGUUGAUGGUUCUCAAGGGAAUGAGUGGUAUUAUCAUGCGAGGCAGCCCAUGGAAGGAUCACGGAGAAAGGCUAGGCAGGAUACUUAAGGCAGCUGGAUGUAGUGCUCAGUAAAGAAGCCUGCAAAGAUGGCUUGAAGGCUGGAAGAAGAGAAGAUGCACUCAGGUUUCUGGAUUCUGGGACAAUGUGUAGAGUGCAGAUUUUUUUUUUUUUUUCAGUUUACUUGGAAGAGAACUCAAAGCUGGAGAUUCAACUUAGGAAGGCAACAGAGUUAGGGUGGCUUGAGAGGGAUGAUUUUGUGGCCAAAGAUAACAGCUAGAGAAAGAAGAACAGAGAGCUGUGAUGUGAAUCUGUGCCAGACAGAAUUCAGUAAAUGGCCAAAUGUUAAGUUUUAUACCCUAGUCCUUAAAGUUAAUUAAGCAAAUAGUUAGAAUACAAAGAUUCAUCUGCAAACCAUUUUCCCACAAAUCAUGUACAUUUAUGCAGAAGUAUACUUACAUGUUUGGGUCUCUCUAAUGAGAAACCAUCCUGAAACAGAGUCUAUAAGGACUAAAUAAUGACUUAGAUGGGCAGACCCAAAAGUUAGUAAAAAUACAAAUUCACCAGCGCAGUCAAGAACUAAGAAAAGGAGAAGAGAGAAGGAGCAUUUAUUCUAAAUUUUAUUGCUUAGGCAUAAUGCAGGGAGAACAGUUGCACAGCUCUUUAGUAAACACCACGGUCAGUGUGGGUCUUGUCCUUCUGCAUGCCCUGAGCCUUGUCUCAGGAGUCAUCUCUCUGAUUAACCUAGGAAGUUCUUCUCUGCGGUCUCCUAGGGACGCAGAGAGGGCUGAGAUUCCUCCAGGAGAAGCAGGAGAUACCCAACAUUCCCCUCUCUAUAUUGUUAGGAACCUAAAUGGAUAAGAUUUUUAGUUAGAAGACUAGAGUGUGAGUAAAAUGAGCCUUUCGCAAGGCAGUGAGAGCUUUCUGAAUUCCAUCAGAAGUGUUUUUUUUUUAAAUUUGGCAAUUAGUGCUUUUCAGUUUAAUUUAAAGCUUUGCAAACACAGCUUUGAGUCCACAUCCAACACCUCUUUCCAGAUAGAUCAUUACCUUUCAUUCAUCUCCAUAAAAAAGUAUUUCCAGUCCUUACUGACACAAGUAAAAAUCUUGUUGCUUUUCUUUAAGCUUUUAGUAAAAACUUAAAAAGAAACUAUGACAGUUUCUUAAAAAAUAAUUUUAGCUAAGUAACUUGCUAUUAAGUUUAUCUAACCACUAUAAAAUGGUCUUAUAAUAUGAAAAAUUAAAUAAACUUUGCAUUGACUGAGUAACUCUUGGGGAAAUGCAUGGUAUUAUAAUGAAAUAUUGGGGCUGGAGAUUUAGUUCAGCACAUAAAUGCCUGCCUGUGAAGGGCAAGGUAAUGAGUUUGAUCCCCAGUACAAAAAAAAAAAAAAAAAAAGACUCAAAUAUAAUGCAGAAUUGCUUAUAAGUACAGAAGACAUAAUGUAGUUUAAUUAAAAUAUUGAAUUCCUAAACAGAUGAAUCCAAAACCACCAACCAAACAAAAUGAAGCAACUACCAAAAAAUUAUAAUAAGGCUUAGGAUCAUAUCAAGCAUUUUAGAGACUUUAUUUUAUUUAAACUGAGAUCUCAUUGGAUCAUUUUAAGGAGUAAAAAAUGUAUUUAUGAGAAAUCAACCUUUUUGUUUAGCUGUCCUCAAGAAAAACAGAUUUUUGUAUGUGAAAAUACCAUUCUGAUUUGGCAGUAUUGCUCAUGUUUACAGUAAAUUGAUUAAAUAGUAAAUGAACAUAUUAUUUGUACAUAGUUGCCACUUUAUCUUGGAGAGAGAGAAAAGUUAUAAUGAAUUGUGCAGUGAAUUAAUUUGUGAAAAGUAUUUCUAACUUGUCAUGAUGCCACAUGAAUGAUUAUGUAGGUAGCAGUACAGAUAAUAAUAGCUGCAGACAAAUCUUUAUAUUCUGCUCAAUCUGCCUAUAUUGCAUUAAUUAAACAUGGUCUUUUGGAUAGCCAUCCUAGUAUAGAGAAAAGAGCAUUAAAAAAUCCUCAGCCUCAUAUGGGAGGAAGGUGUAAUGAGAUAUUCAUUUUCCAAAUGUGAAAAAUUCAUUAUUCUUAUUGACAACACAGUAGAAGUUUUGUUAUAUGGAAGAUUCUUAGAUCACGAACUAUGAGGUCCAGUGGUUUAUUUUUGAGAGUUGGGAAUGUGGGAGACUUCUAUGCUUCAAUAAUCUUCUAUUUGGUCUUUUAAUGUAAUAGUGAUUUUACUUCUGCUGUUUUAUUUAAAAAGAAGGAAAGCACCUUCUUAUUAGGGGAUUGUUAGGUCAUCUUUAUUAAUUUGCUGUUCUAGGUAAUGAAAGAGAAGAGACUAUGUUGUCAUCUUAACUAGAGAAGAAUCAAUGGACACCAGUACUCUAUCCAAAGGAUAAAUAGGCUUUGGCCUUUGUUUCACUUUUAGUUGCCAUUCAUUAGUUACUGAAUAUUCACACAAUUUCUAUCUAUGCAAUUAUUGUCGUGUAUUUAUUUGCAACUGUGUUACUUAUAUAUAGCAAAAUACUUGCAAUUUAAAUAAACAGUAGUUGAAGCAGAAAAAUAAACAGUAUAACUGUUUUGGAGAGAGGAAAUGGUUUUUAUUCAAAUGUUUUAAAUGGUUAAAUGAAUAUUUUCAAAUUCAGUAAUAUAUAAAUCCAAUGUAUACAAUUCCCAGCAAAGUAAAAUAACAAAAACAAUAACAAUAAUAAUAAAAAUAAUAUACUAUGCAACUCACUGUCUGGAUAAGUUGUUUCAUAAGAGCUGAGAACUAUAAAAUACCCAUGAGACUACUUAUCCUCUUAAGUCAUAAGAUAAAUGUUCAAUGUAUUGAAUAUCAGUCCUUUAAAACUUUUUUACAUCUUUAACCACAUGUAUUUCAUAAGAGAUUUGACAUUAGAAAUAAAGUCACAAGUUUUGCUCAUUAAUAACUAAACCAAGUAGUUAAUUUUAAAUUUUAUUUCUGGCUUCCAUUUGUAUUAGCAUGAGAAACAGUGAAACAAAACCAAUAAUAACAAAAGUCAAUGACUGUGAAGUAGACUUUAGGGGCGAUAGGAUCCAAAGAGUUGUAAAAUACAAUAAAACAAGAAUUAUGUGAAUUGAAUUGACUAAGGUCACUCAGGGAGUAGAGUUGAAGUUUGUUCUGGUGGCCUCGUGGUCAGCUGCUGUUAUGCACGUAAUUAACUUGAUUACCUCAACCUUGUUUGCUCUCAAUUCCUUUUGUCACAUGAACAUUGCUUGAAGGAAGCACACCAGGCAUUAAAGGCCAGGCAUGCUGUUACAACAAACACCAACAUGCUCAGGGGCUUAGAACACCAAAGCCUACUUCUCCCUCAUGCUGUGCUCAUCACAUGUCGGCCAGGAACGUGUCAUCCUGCUUUGCGUCACCCUGAUUGCUCAGGCAGAGGGAGCCCACCUCUGACCCUUUAAUGCUAAGGGAGGAAAGGUGCAGUGCUGCGAACAGUGCUGGAUGCUCCACUCUGCAGGGUUUGUGUCACUCCUUUCAGGGUCACUGCCAAAGCCCCACCAUGGCCUCCCGAAUCUCGAGAGGGAAAGGAAGUCUUGCCAUCUUCUAGAGGAAAACAGAAAUAUUAAGAAUUACAUUAUAUGUAAAUAUGUAAACAGUUAUUCAUUUGAGCUUUGCUGGGGAAAUAUUCACUUCAUUGUACAUUCACUGAAUAAUGAAUAUUCAUAUAUCUAGGGAAAUGCUACCAGAAAUAGAAAGUUAAUGAAAUUUGAUAUCUGAUUACAGCUCUCUAUUUUAUGAAAUAUAUUGAGCAGUUUUUCAAAAGAGAAACAAAACAAAGGGCUAGAAUUUAAGCUAGAUUUAAAAAAUCCAUUAUUACUUUCAGAUAUAAUUUCUUCAAAGAUGAACUCAUUGAUUAAAUAAUCCUACUCUUACCUGAAAGUUAGUUUUACUUCUUUAGUAAUGGAUUCAACAUAUAAACUUGUGUUAUAUGAAUUGUUUGUUUUAUUUCAAAACUUCCAUUCUUUGUGGCAAGUAAAGAAAAGGUGAGUUAUUCUAGCGCGUAGACUAUCUAGACAUCUGAGUGGAAAUGGCAGCUCUCACUAAAAUCUCUAAAAGUUUGUAGGGGAAGGAAAGUUAGAAGUCAAGCUUCCCCUUCAUGGCUUAGGACAGGAAUGCUAUGUCAGUUCAUUUAAACAUUAAUAUUUGCAGGUGCCACACAGCCUCUGUAAGGUUAGUGUCCGAAAGCAAUCUACACAAAAACAAACACUAUUACAGUUUUAAGAAUGGAUUUCUCUGGAAGCUUUAAAAAGUCAUCUGGCUCAAGCUUUGUUAGGAAAGGGGAAAAAAGUUGAGUAAGAAAUUCUGAGGUGUAUAUUUUAACUUUUGCACCUUUAGCUGUGUGGCCCUGCACCUACAGAGUGCCGUGCACCUCCUCUGCACAGGAACUUCUGCUCACACUCUUGGGGUCAUUCCGCUUACCACACACUUUCCAGGGCAUGUGACAGCAGCUCUGGGGAAUUCCAUUUGUGAUAAAUCUAAUGAGUAAAAUAGUGAUUUGUAAAGCCUUUGGGAAAAUUCAUUAUUAGUGUUGAAAUAAUCAUUUAAGCCUAAUUGGCUGAGACAUUUGAAAGGAAGAGAAAGGCGUAUUCUUGACUGUAAUUACUUUGGAUGUGUAAACUUGGGUUAUAUCAUCAUUUCUAAUGCAAUCAAAUAAAGAUUAACUUAUUUACAUUUCUAUAAUUUUAUGAAUGGAUUAAUUGUCUGUUAACUUUUUCUUAAAUGAUUUAAUAAUAUAUUCCUUUCAGGCAAAAUAAUAUUCAGUCCAAUUACUUAUCUCAGAGAGUGUUAACCAAAGUUACUAAAUCAUCCGUGUUAAAUGAAUAAAUGUCUUUUUAUAGAGGCUUUCAGCUUAAUGAUAGUUAUUCUGACUGAUUUGCAUUGAUCUGGAGUCUAGAGAUGUUGAGCAGUUUUUGACCAUUUGAACUUCUUUUGAGAAAGAUCUAUUCAAUUCAUUUACCCAUUUUUAAUGGAUUCAUCAUCAUAGGGAAUUAAUUUUUAAAGUUCUUUAUAUUAUAUAUAUAUGUACAUAUAUAUAUUCAUUAUAUAUAUAUAUAUUAAUUCUCUCAUGGAAAUAAAAACUAGUACAAUCUCUAUGGAAAUCAAUACAGAGAUUUCUCAAAAGACUAAACAUAGAAUUACCAUUUAACCUAUUAUACCAUUCUUGGGCAUUUUCCUGAAAGAAAUAAGGGCUUCAUAGUAUAAAAAUCUAUGUAUAUCAGUGUUCACAGCUGUGCUAUUCACAAUGCUAAGCUAUGGAGGCAACGUACAUACUUGUUAAAGAUGAAUGGAUAAAGAAUAUGUAGUAUAUAUCACAGGAAUAUUCCUCAGCAAAAAAGAAUGAAAUUAUGUCAUUUUUAGGAAAAUAAAUAGAACAGUAACCAUCAUACUGACUGAAAUUAGAUUUAGAAAGUUAAAUAUUACAAGUUCCUCUUAUAAGAGAAACUAAAAUAUAUCAAUCAGUAAAUACACAAAUAGGUAAAGAGACCUAGAAACUAGGAGGUAGAGGUAGGCUUCUGGAAGCCUGGGGGAAGGGUCAAAUGUAAGGGAAGAAGGGGAACAUGGAUUUGAAAUUAACUAAGUUAUAUUAAAUACAUAUGUGAACUUUCCAGAACAAACUCAUCAUUGUGAAAUAUUAAUGUGCACUAAUACAAUAUAUUUAUAAAAAUUUUCAGCUU